GUGGAACCGACACUUUGAUGCUGCCGUUUUCCCCCAGUGUCUGAAACUGGUUUAUCUGCUUGUUUUUAUUAUUAGUAGCAGGGCAGUACAACAUGAGUGGACUACUAAAUUAUAAAGCAAUGUUCCACUGGACCCUGCCUUUCCAGCACUAGAGUUACACUUCAUGCUGCAGUCAGCCUUGUUAGGUUUUUGGAUUGCUCUGCCAGAAAGAAGGAAAGGACAGAGAGGGUUCAUAAGCCACAUCAGCUGUUGUUGAGGCACAUAUGGUGCAUUGUUGCCGUUCCCAGGCCUACAUCCCCAAUCCUCAGCCUUUUGCUACUUUGUGAUUGAAAUAGGAUUUUUCACCCUAUAGGAGAUUUUUCCCUUUGGGUCAGACCAGGACAUUAAGUGCAUUGUUUAGUUUUUACUUUCACUACCUCUGCGGUGGGCUCCAAGCAUAGGCCAUGGAGCCCAAUAUGGAGUACUGUCUGGCGCAGGUACUACAGAAGGAUGUAGGACGCAGACUGCAGGUGGGCCAGGAGCUCAUCGACUACAUUAGUGAUAAGGACAAAUCCUAUGACUUGGAACAGGACCAAACUGCACUAGAUAAGAUGGUGGAUGGCAUUGCCUCAUCCUGGGUCAACUCCAGUAACUUUAAGUUGGCUUUGCUGGGAAUUGACAUUUUGUCUGCCUUAGUCACAAGACUGCAGGACCGCUUUCGGACCCAAGUUGUAACAGUUUUACCGAGUUUAAUAGAUCGGUUAGGCGAUGCCAAAGAUCAAGUCAGAGACCAGGAUCAGGCAUUGCUGCUAAAGAUCAUGGACCAGGCAUCUAACCCUCAGUAUGUCUGGGACAGAAUGCUGGGGGGAUUUAAACACAAAAACAACAGGACCAGAGAAGGAGUCUGCCUUUGUCUUAUUUCAACAUUAAAUGCAUAUGGUGCCCAGGGCUUAACACUAAGCAAAAUAGUACCUCAUAUAUGUAAUCUGUUGGGAGACCCCACAAGCCAGGUGAGGGACAGUGCCAUGAAUUGCCUUGUUGAGAUAUAUAGACAUGUUGGUGAGCGGGUCAGAGUAGACCUCAGCAAAAAAGGACUUCCACAAUCAAGGUUGAAUGUCAUAUUUAGCAAAUUUGAUGAAGUCCAAAAAUCUGGCAGCAUGAUUCCCUCCUCUGGCUCAGAUAAGAAUUUUGAUGAUGAUGACUCUGUGGACGGGGGCAGGUCCUCCUCUUCCACCUCAUCGAAAGCUUUCUCCAGCAGCAGGCGAGUAGGUAGUAUGGGCUCCAUGAGACGACCCAGCUCGGCCUCCGCACCCAGAGCUGCAGGAAAAGAAGGAGCCAGUGCAGGGGCUAUAGAUGAAGAGGACUUUAUCAAGGCAUUUGAAGAUGUUCCUACUGUGCAGAUUUAUUCCAGUAGAGAAUUAGAAGACUCCUUGACUAAGAUCCGUGAGGCGCUCUCUGAUGAAAAACAUGACUGGGAGCACCGAGUGACUGCUCUGAAGAAGGUGCGCUCACUGGUUUUGGCUGGAGCUACAGAACAUGAAGGAUUUCUCCAACAGCUCAGACUUUUGGAAGCUGCUUUUAAGCUCUCUGCAAAAGACCUGCGCUCUCAAGUAGUCCGGGAAGCCUGCAUUACCUUAGGACAUUUGUCCUUAGUGUUGGGGAACAAAUUUGAUCACGGAGCAGAGAACAUCAUGCCUGCGCUGCUCAAUCUCGUGCCCAACAGCGCCAAAGUAAUGGCCACGUCAGGUGUCGCUGCUAUCCGCCUCAUUUUACGACAUACACACUAUUCUCGACUCAUCCCAAUCAUCACCAGUAACUGCACCUGCAAAUCAGUAGCCGUUCGAAGGCGGUGUUAUGAAUUUUUAGAUCUUUUGUUGCAAGAAUGGCAGACAAACACAUUAGAAAGGCAUGUUGCAGUUCUUACCGAGACCAUCAAAAAAGGAAUCCAUGAUGCUGACUCUGAGGCCAGAUCCAUAGCCAGAAAGUGUUACUGGGGUUUCCAUGGACACUACAGCCGAGAGGCGGAGCAUCUGUUCCAGGCUUUGGAGUCCACCUAUCAGAAAGCCAUCCAGUCCUACCUGAAGAGUUCAGACAGUGUUGUGUCUCUGCCUCAAUCUGACCGUUCCUCUUCCAGCUCUCAGGAGAGCCUCAAUCGACCCCUGUCUGUGAGGAGUGCUAUAGGAGGAAGCAUGACCAGAAGUAAGGUGGUGAGCUCCAGAACACCCUCCACCCCCGGCUCACUCCAGCGCUCACGCAGUGACGUCGACGUCAACGCCGCUGCCAGCGCCAAGUCCCGAAUGCCUGCCGUACCUUCGCCCGCACCCUUCAGCUCAGCUGCAGCCCUGCCCCCAGGAUCCUAUGCCUCCCUGGGUCGUGUGCGUACAAGAAGGCAGAGCUCUGGAAGCACUGCUGGUGCAAACACUACAGUAACAGACAGUCGAGGACGAAGCAGAGCUAAACUGGUGUCUCAGUCUCAGCCCGGCAGCCGUUCCAGUUCUCCAGGAAAGCUGCUGGGUCACACAUACGGCAGAGUUCCACGCACCACACCGACAGCUUCUACACCACGUGCAAGGGUCCCAAGAAGCCAGGGCUGUAGCCGAGAGACCAGCCCUAGCAGAAUGGGCAUAGCCAGGAGCAGUCGCAUCCCGCGCCCCAGCAUGAGUCAGGGCUGCAGCCGUGACACGAGUCGCGAGAGCAGCCGCGAUACCAGCCCUGCUCGGGGUUUCACUCCUCUGGCAUCCCGACGGCACUCUCGCUCUACCAGUGCGCUGUCCACAGCCGAGUCUGUGGCCCAGUCAGAUCGAUUUGGGCUCAUCCACCAGGCCCGUAUCUCUGCCUCGGUCAAUGCUAUGAGGGUUCUGAACACGGGGACCGAGGUCGAGGCUGCAGUUGCAGAUGCAUUGAUGUUAGGAGACUCCAGGAAUAAGCAGCGAAAGCCUAUUAGAAGGCGGUUCGAGUCUCCAGGAAUGUACUCUGAUGACGAUGCUAACAGCGAUGCUUCUAGUGCAUGCUCAGAGCGCUCGUACGGCUCUCGGAACGGAGGGAUUCCACACUACCUUCGACAAACCGAGGAUGUCGCCGAGGUGCUCAAUCACUGUGCAAGCUCCAACUGGUCCGAGAGGAAGGAAGGACUUCUGGGUUUGCAGAAUUUACUCAAGAGCCAGCGUGUUCUCAGUCGAGUGGAGCUGAAAAGAUUAUGUGAGAUUUUUACCAGGAUGUUUGCAGAUCCUCACAGCAAGAGAGUCUUCAGUAUGUUCCUGGAGACUCUGGUAGAUUUUGUUACAGUUCACAGAGAAGACCUGCAGGACUGGCUUUUUGUUCUGCUCACUCAGCUACUGAAAAAGAUGGGAGCUGACCUCCUGGGUUCAGUACAGGCUAAAGUCCAGAAGGCUCUGGACAUCACUCGUGAAUCAUUUCCAUUCGACCAGCAAUUCAACAUCCUAAUGAGGUUCAUUGUUGAUCAAACACAGACUCCCAACUUGAAGGUAAAGGUGGCCAUCCUGAAGUACAUCGAGUCCCUGGCCAGGCAUAUGGACCCUGGAGACUUUGUGAAUUCCAGUGAGACGAGACUAGCUGUGUCUCGUAUCAUUACCUGGACCACAGAACCCAAAAGCUCUGAUGUUAGAAAGGCUGCCCAGGUGGUGCUGAUCUCACUUUUUGAGCUGAACACGCCCGAGUUCACCAUGCUAUUAGGAGCUCUGCCUAAAACAUUCCAAGAUGGAGCGACCAAGCUCCUCCACACCCACCUAAAAAGCAGCACCAGCAGCGUGAGUUCACCCAGCAACACGAUUGGUCGCACCCCAGCCAGACAUUCAUCAAGCAGGACAAGCCCUCUUACCUCACCCACUAAUUCUUCUCAUGCUGGCCUUUCACCAAGCCGCUUGUGGGGUUGGAGUGUCGAUGGGUUCUCAAAGCACCCAGCUCCUCCUCCUCCUACUCCGUCUCAGCCCUCAGUCCCCGCCCCUUCUCUCAGAACCAUCCGCUGCGCACUCUCCCCCAGUAUGCUGGAGUAUGACACGGAGAAUAUGAACUCUGACGAGAUCUACAGUUCUCUGCGUGGAGUGACGGAGGCAAUCCAGAGCUUUAGCUAUCGCAGCCAAGAAGACCUCAAUGAUUCAAUACGGCGAGAAUGCAAAAAGGAUGAAUUGGUCAGCCGGGACACAGCAUCACCUGGAUCUGAUUCUCGGUUAGGGUUGGAUAUAGUCGAGGGCGGUCGCACAGCAUUGGAUAACAAGACGUCUCUCCUCAACACCCCUUCCGCUCGUUCUUUUGCCGGUCCAAGAACGCGCGAGUUUGCACCAUAUGGUUAUGGAGACACCAUCGGUGGUUAUGAUAAGAGCGCUCUAAAGGAAGCCGUCUUUGAUGACGAUGUGGAGCAGUUCCGUGAUUGCCGGCGGCAGGAGUGUGGUGAGAACAAGAUGGUGCUCUCCAAGGGCUUUACUCCUGAUUUGGUGGCAGACCUGUUGAAAGAGCUGUCUAAUCACAACGAGCGAGUGGAGGAGAGGAAGGCGGCACUAGUGGAGCUGCUAAAGAUCACACGGGAGGACAGUCUGGCGGUGUGGAAUGAGCACUUCAAAACCAUUUUGCUGCUGCUGCUGGAGACGCUGGGAGAUAAAGAUCACAUGAUUCGGGCCCUGGCUUUGCGGGUUUUAAAAGAAAUUCUAAGGAUUCAACCAGCCCGCUUCAAGAACUAUGCAGAACUCACCAUCAUGAAGACACUGGAGGCUCACAAGGACUCUCACAAGGAGGUGGUGAGGGCUGCUGAAGAGUCUGCCUCAACUCUGGCUGGUUCCAUCCACCCAGAGCAGUGCAUUAAGGUGCUGUGUCCCAUUGUUCAGACUGCAGAUUACCCUAUUAAUCUGGCAGCUAUCAAAAUGCAGACUAAAGUGGUGGAACGCAUCAGCAAGGAUUCCCUGCAUCAGCUGCUUGCAGACAUCAUUCCUGGACUCUUACAAGGCUACGACAACACAGAAAGCAGCGUUCGCAAGGCCAGUGUGUUCUGCCUGGUAGCUGUAUACUCUGUGAUCGGUGAGGAACUCAAGCCCUACUUGGCCCAGCUCACGGGCAGUAAGAUGAAGCUGCUAAACCUGUACAUCAAAAGAGCUCAGACAACCAACAGUAACAGCAGCAGUUCGUCUGACGUGUCGUCCCACAGCUAAUGUGGAGGGCUGGCUUAUCAGCGCUCUUCACUCAAGAAUGGGACCUUAGUCGUGCCUCUUUCCAUUCAUUUUAUUAUUGAUUUUAUUUAUUUUUUUCUUUUCAUGUUUCUGACUAUUUACAAGAAAUGUUUUUGCUUAUUUUAAGUAUUCCUUCACAUUUCUUCUUCCACGUGUGAAUGAAUGUAAAGAGAGUUGAAACUAAGAAGGACAUGCUAGUUAUUUUUAUUGUUAUUAUUAUUUACUCUUAUUUGAAUCACAUUUUUAGAAUGUUGUUUCCUGCCAUCACCAAGUUCAUUUUUUUAAUGCAUAGGCUUGCUUUAUUUCUGAAGAAACAAGUUAUUAUUUAAUAUUAAUGUAAUGUGCUCAUUUUGCAAAUCUGCAGUGUUGGAAAAGUAUGCAUUUUUAUUUUAAAUAGGGGACCGUUUUGUAGGUCGAACACGUCACUUGAAUCUCAGUGGUGGAGGAUCAUUUGGCUGGCCGAGUGAUUUAAAUGUGAUCAUAAGAAAAGAUCGUAAUUUUUAAGGUUAAGCUAAAAUGCAACCAAAUAAUGUAGGACUAAAUAUAGACAUUUAUUUAAAUUAUAUUUAAAAUGACAUGCCACCAGUUCUGCUUGUCCUGCAGAAAAUGAUCAAAAAUUAUUUGUUAUUGAAGGAUUAUUUUAAGUUUAUAGAAUUUUAUCAUUUGGAGUUGCUUUUCUUUAUAGCUUUUAGUUUUAAGGUAAUUUAUGUCAGAACAUUAAAAAAGACCGAUAAUUAUCAGAUUUUUUAGUCCAUCCAUGAUUUUGCCUUUAAUCAGUGAUUAUAGAAUCAGCAUGAGCUCUUUUUUUUUUUUAAUCAGUCAUUAAAAAAAUGUACUGUGGUGCAGUGGUAAAACACACUAGUAUGCCAAAGCUGAAAUCUCGAACUUGUCGGUUCGAAUCUCAGAUUUGUUACCGGCAGUCUGGGCGCCUACACAAACAAUGAUUGGCUCGUUUGCAGGGAUUGUGCCGGAGGGAAUUCCCCAUAACUGGGCAGCACGGUGGGUAAGUGGGGUAGUGGGUAGCACUGUCGCCUCACAGCAAGAAGGUCCUGGGUUCAAUCCCCAGGUGGGGUGGAGUUUGCAUGUUCUCCCCGUGUCCGCGUGGGUUUCCUCCGGGUGUUCCGGUUUCUUCUCAUGGUCCAAAGACAUGCAAGUGAGGUAAAUUGGAGACACUGAAUUGUCCAUGACUGUGUUAGAUAUAACCUUGUGAACUGAUGAAUCUUGUGUAAUGAGUAACUACUGUUCCUGUCAUGAAUGUAACCAAAGUGUAAAACAUCCUAAUAAACAAACAAAUUCCUCAUAACUCAUUCAAUUACGACCUCUGCUCGGUGAUUGAUGGGGCCUGCACAGAGAUGGGGGAUAAUGGGAUCAGUGCGUGACUCUCCGUGCGCAAAGCUGAUCCACAUAUGAACUCACAUAUGAAGUCAGUGUAUCACGGCUCUCCUCAGUCAGGAGUGGUGGUCAUUAUCAGUAGAGAGGAAGCAUAAUGCAAUUAGGUAAUUGGAUAUGACUAGAUUGGAAGGAAAAUUGGGAGAAAAAUGCAACAAAAUUUACUAUUACAUUUAGCAUUUAAAAUGGUAAGAAAUUGCAACUUGAAAUAAAUGGAAUUCAUGGUUUACAUCAAAAUGGCAAUACAGAGCACCGGAAAUUGCAAUCUGAAACCAAAGGUCCUUAACUGCUCACAUUAGUUAGUUUAUUUAUUCCAGUUGGAUGUGACCAAAGUUAUCAGCAUGUUCUAAUUGUUACCAGUGAUAUCAAUAUCAGCUUUCGGAUAUUUCGUGUCCAAUUACCCUGAAUGCGUCCUCUAUACUGAUUCGACCCUUCACCGCUGACUGAGGACGCCUCUCAACUGACAUACGCCCCCCUCCGGUACGUACAGUCAGUACAGAUAGUGCAUUUUUCACCUGCACGAGUCGAGUUCAUACACUUGACGGGCACUGUGUAUGGUGGGCUCCUCCCCCAUCAGCAUUAUUCCUCAGCCCUGUGCAGGUGUUAUCAGUCAGCCAGCAGGGGCCGCAGUCGCAUCAGUUAUGAGGACCUAUGACUAGACUUUCUUACCCGCUAACCCUGAACAACAGCCAAUCAUUGUUCACGCUGCCGCCCAGCCCAGUCGGAAAAGCCGGGCUGAGAUUCGAUACGAUACGAUGUAUUCGAAACCACAACUCUGGUGCGCUAGCAUACUUUACCUCUGCGCCACCUGAGCGGCUAGCUUUCGGAUAUUUUGACUGAAUUUAAAAGAGCUGCGUACUGUAGUAAACACAAUCAUACGUUUGAAGUAUUUGUGAACGCUGCAAAAUCCUGGAUGGACUACUUAUAAUAUGGACAGAUGUAAAAACCCUCUUUCACUAGAAAAUGACAAUCGGAAUUAUUAAUUAAAUUAUUAAUCAUUCAAGUUGUGCUGGAAAAAAGUUCAACUAUCAGGCGGGAAGUAUAAGGUGUCAAAUGUUUUUUUUAAAAGCCUGAACAUGAUCGUCUUGAGGCAAAGAUGUAACGAAUUAAAAUAAAAUAAAAUCCCCACUGACUCUUAAACUGAACGGCAAACUCCUGAACUGACUUUGCUUGUGCUGCACAUGAGGACUCCGUUUCCCUGCCGUUAGCAGCGGUUCAUGCUUUUAAGACCGCUUGAAUAGCUACAGAAACUUUAAACACUACAAUGUCCUCUGUCCAGUCUUCUCCUAGUACACUUCUUGCUAUGAGUGUGCACUUGUUUGAAAUGUGAACAGACAGAUAGAGAUACAUGAAUGUGUCUGUGGCCUUGUGAAAUUCCUCACAAUCGACACACAAAGUGCUGAACUUAAAACCAUGUGACCAUUUUCACAUGUUUGAACCUUUCAACUUAAGCAGCUUUUGCUAUCGGAUGCUUUUUGUACAUAACUCAUCACCAAAAACGGCAAAAAUACUCGGCUUUUGCACUUUUUUGCACGUUAGCAAAUAGCCUGCAUGUGUUGGACCUCGACCGUAUGGCGCCACAGUGAUCGGCCUUGCUGUUGCAGAUUUUGAGCUCUUGCCUCCUUGUUUAUGUGGUCAGUCUGUAAAUAGUGUUAUUUUCCCCUUCCCCUAACACAUACGAGGAGGCAGCCAAGAGUAGAAUUAAAACAGGAUUUAAUACGUUGUCUAAAAUGUGUCUGUUUUUACAUCGUCUGUCAAACGAUUCCAGGGAAGGUGAUAACAGGACCCUGGUUUUCAUUACAGUUUUUUUUUUUUCUGGAAUUCUGGCUUUUACGAUGGUACACUGUGCGGUGUCAUUGUGUCAUUUGCAGCUUUUUUUGUAGAGUGGCCGUGCACUAUUGAUGGACUGACGGAGUAGAUUUUUUUGAUGUUGCUUGAAUUGGGUCCAAUGUAAAAAGGAACCAACUUUUGACAGUUACUUUUGCAAGUAUUACUCCACUCGAGGAUAUCUGGAAAUGUGGGGCCACAACAAGUAUUCCAACAAAUUGCUUUCUGCACAAAUUAACUUUGUUCUGCCAUGUAACACUUGUAUCUGUAUUUAGAUAUUUUAUUUUAUUUUAUCAUCAUAACUGUACAGUUGUGUUUUUCUUUUCUUUAUUUUUUUUUUAAGGGCCAUGUGUGAAAGAUUUGUAACCUAAAUUCGUUUGCCCUGAAAAAUAAACCAUUGUAAAAGCG